AUGUUUUUUACUUUAGGGAAAUUUAUGUUUCUAUUUCUUUUAAUUUUACCCUCAUCGCUGGUCCUGAUUGGAAAUGGUAAGGCACUUUAUCUUGCGUGAUUUUUAUUCUUUUGUAACGUAGGAAAGUCAGUCUGGAUACUCGAACUUUUAAAUCCCCUAGCGUCCAGUGAUGUUUUAGGCAUUUGGAAUGAUCGUACCAAUGUAGAGCUAGUAACAACUUGAAAGUUGCAAUUCGGGAGAUUGUUUGGCCGACGAGAGUGUUUUAUUUUCGACCUCGCAGCAACUCUCGAAUCUUGCUUCUUUCUCUCUGUUCUUUGAUGAACAGAAGUUGUUGUCUUUUCGUUGGGCGAAUGAUUUCCUUUGUUUUGUCUGAGGACUAAAUCUUAAUCAAUAAACAGACCGUUAGAGAAUAGCAGUUGAAAUGUUAUGCAUACUUCUCUCACAAUGUUUCCUGUUUAAAACAAACGUAAUUUUAUCUUCGUUUGUGUACGUGUCAUGAAAUCAUUGGAACAUAAACAGACAUAUGUGUGAUGGCGCGAGAAGACGAGGUCGAAAAUGAGCAAGAAGUUGCAAAACCGACUGAAGCUGAAGCCGCAGGAGAUGAAGAAUAUGUUGAAGAUGUUGUAGAAGAAGAAGCUGACGAUGGAAAGGUUAGAGUUACAAGAGUUACUGAUGAAUGUGUAGACCUCUCCCCAGUGUCAUUUUUAUUGUUAUCCUGCUUUUAUAAAUUGAUACAGUUAAAGCUUUUAUGUGAAGUCAUGGUUCAGUUAUUUUAUCCCAUACCUUUACUGCCAGUCUCUCUUAGGUAACUGCAUUAAAGGGAAUCUCAUUUGUUGUGUUCAUUUUCUUAUUAUUAUAGAGAUUGAAUGAAUGAAACUGUACUGGGUCAUUGAAAAACAACAUUAGAAUUAAAAUGAGCACUAAAGUAAUGAAAGUAUUUGUUUCAACAACCUGAUCAAGCAACUUUCAAUAUUAUGUAAAAUUAACAAAACUGUAAAUUCCUUUUACUGACUAAAAUGCUCUGUAGACCUGUGGACAUGUCUAUCUUUUAAACAUAGCUCACAUUUUGAGGUAUUUUUACACUAUUUUGGGCUAAUGCCCAGUUUCAAAAUUGUUCUGAUUCAAGCUAUAGGUGUAAUGUAAUUUACUUCUGAAAUUUAGCUGUUUUGCAUUAUUCACUCCUGAUAUUGUUGGUCUUAUUUCAUUAUCCAAGCCUUACACCCUUAUGUUAUUGCAGUUCCCUAUUUAAAAUAAUGCAUUUUGACAACUUCAUUUUAAUUUACUAAGUACUAAAGGUAACUUUAGUUUUAACCCUUUAAGCUCAAAUAUCCACAUACAAAUUCUCCAAACUGAUCUCUAUACUUUUCCGUCAAGAAUAAGUUGAGGGAAUUUGAUAAAAGAUCAAGGCAUUUUCCCCCAGGUGAUCAUUUUAUUAAUUCUCAUAACCUAAUCUCUUGACAUUUUAGGGAUAUUGUUAGGAGAAAAUUGACAUUAGUCACUAUUGGGACUUUAAGGGUUAAUGGGUUUUCACAUAAACAGUAUCAAUGGUAGUUUUUGUGGGUUUUCUCAUAAGCAGUAUCAAAUGGCAUUGAAAGCUCUCUAGUAAUAUUACUAUCUAGGGAUAUCAACAUUGUUCAGGUAAUGUUGACAAUAGUUGCCAACUGUUACAUAUAAUUUACUGACCUUACUAGAGACCAAGUAACCCAUAUUCAGCUGUAAUAUUGAAUGCUAUGUUUGCACUAUUAUGCUUUGUUAAGAUCAUUACUUUUCAUUGUAUAUGGGGGUGGUUUUGUAGUUAAGUAUUUUUUGGUGGCAGAGUUCCAAUUUCCAUUAAUUUGGCAAAAACAGGUUGACACUGAGGAAGAGGAGGAAAAAGAAGACAGUCCUGCCACAAAAGACACUGUAAGUAGUGAUUUCAUUAAUAGAGAGAUUAAGAGUCCCGUUUACAUCAGAUUCAAGUUGAGAAUUUCUCAGAAUAAAAAAUAAGCAGAUAAAAACUAUACAGAACAAUUCUUAUGUAUAAAACUGGCAUGAAACUACUUGUUUUUUAUCUGAAGUAAUAAAUAGUUAAUGACAAUUAAGGGAAGAACCUGGUCACGUGGUACAAAUUCAUAUUUGCCUUUUGGCUUAAACGUGAAUCUUAAUCUCUCUAGUCAUUGCUUUUUUUACAUGCACCUCCUGUAGGUUCCAGUGAAAAUGGCAUUGUUUUAUGUUUUAAAUUGUAGCAACUUUGAGUUGACCAUUUUCAUAGAGAAUAUUCUGAACUGGCUGACAAGAAUAAUAAUCUCAGUGUCUUGACUUAGAAAUUUAUUUGUUGAAGUUGAUAAGACAACAUUUUCAGUUAAUUGUCAGUUUAUUAAGUUUAAAUGUUUCCUAAACAAAAAUGUUAAUGUUCGGAGUUGAACAAUUGACCUAGUAUAACUGUGCUGGGAGGAAAAAUUGUGGUGAAUUUCACAGCCCUGCUUUCCAUAGUAAUCUUACAUGUAAGAGUAGAAAACCAAUAAUAUUGCUUUCACAUUUUCAGAAAACUGAGGCUGAAGGUGGUGAAGAAGAAGAGGAGAAAGAGGAAGCACUCAAGCCAUCACCAGAUGCUGAUACUGUCAUUCUUUUUACCAAGCCAGCCAACCAAGGUACAUGAUACCCUAAUGACUUUCAUUCUGGAACAAGUUCAUUCCAUUUCCAUAUAUUUUUCUGUAUUGUUUGCAUGAUACCGAUCAAAAUAACAUUCCAUUCCAAUGGAAUACAAGUCAUUCUGUAAUGAGUUCCUUUUGAUUUUCGAUCUGAUGUGAAAUUCAUUCUGGUAUCAUGUAAACUGGAAACGAACUUUGUUCCAGAUUGAAAAUCAUGUAGCCUUGGGCGAGAGUGGCGCAUGCAUGUCUGAUCUGGCGCAGAAAGCCCAUGAGCAAAAACACCUGAAGCUUUCUUAAGCUGAGCCAGUCGAUUAUUCAUUCUGCAAUGAAAUUCAUACCAGAAUGAAAGUCAAUCCAGUAUCAUAUAAACAGCCCCUUACACACCUGCUCUUGUCACUGAAGCUUCUAAAAAGUAGAGAUUUGUUAUAAGGAUGUUCAUCAUUUAUUAAUAGAUCCAGAUUAAAUGCAGGACUCUCAGUAAGAUCAACUUAAGACAUUCAAGGCUGUGCUUUAAGAAAAAUUGAAGGGAGCCUGUUGCUCUGAAACUGUGAAAUCCAGGGUGUCCAGCUUAUGAUUUCUGUGAAAAAACUAAGAUUUUCUAGUACGUAACCAAGGAGCCAAAAGUUAGGUACCAGGGGCCACUAGGUGCUGUUAGAGCACAGCCUGACAUGGCUGAAGAACUUAUUGUCAAUAGGCCACUAACUGGAUUAGGAAAAGGGCGCAGUCAGUCAGAAAAACUGUUUAUGACUUUCCAAGUUGCAAAACAAUUUUUGCAUUCAAGUAACAUUUCUUUGAAGUAUUAUUCUUUUCUUAUAGAAUAUCCCGCUGGUGAGGUGAUCAAGUGUCUUGUUGGUCUGGCAAAUAAUGGCAAGAAUGAUUUCAUUGUGGAACUGGUAGAAGCAUCUCUGAGGUAACUGCAUCUUUUUCAGUUACAAAAUCAUAGGUAAAAGUUAUAAAGUAUGAAGUAUGGUAGUGGUAAUGCAAUAUUAGACUGAAAUUUCCUUCCUCUUUUCUUUUGGUUUUUAAGAAGAUCUAAAAGAAACUUUACAUUUUGGAAAAUAAAAAAUGACCAGAUUUAACUUAACUUGGGUAUAUGCUGCCAAUAAUAAUUACGAGCAGUAGGAGAUGAAUUGAAGAGCUAGCAAAAACUCUUUUCAUUUGUGAAAACUACAAUCACAGACAACAGUAGUUGGGAAGGUUGUAUAACUUAACGGUAGUCCAUUUUAAUCCUCAAAAAAGAGAGUUUUCUCUUUUGCUAAAUAUCUCCCGUCCUCUCUAUUCAAUGUUGGGAUGUAACAGAACAAUUACGCACACAAACAUUAAUGUUUUGAUGAACAUUGGGCCAGGGGCAGGGGGCGGGGGAGGGGGGAGAAGUAGAAAAAGCAACUUUCCCAACACUUUUGACGAUGAUUGUAGUUAAAACCACUCUUGGACUCAUCUACUUAUAUACUUCCACAAUAAAAUUCUAGAACUUCCCAAACAGUCUAAUUAUAGAAAGAUUACAAAAUAUACCGCUUUUCCAACACUUACAAAGUCCUGAAAUAAACAAACUAUGAACCCUCGUGAAGUUUCUCUGAGAAUGUAACCCUAGUCACCCAAGACAAUAUUUUGUUACAAAGUUGAUGUUGUCCUCACUUUUAAUCACAUGCUGUUAUUUGUAUUUCAGGUAUCCUCAAGAUUACACAUAUUUCAUUCAAAAUGUAAGUUAUCUUCAAAAUAAAAAUGCUCUGCACAAAACAUUUUUUUUCUGCAAACAUUUUACUUUUUCAGUUGGAAUUAUGUCUGUCUUCCUCUAAUCAACAAAUUAAUUUCAACAAAUUUAAAUAUUACAUGAGAAUUUUUAAAAAAUGUUUCUUUUUAUUUGUUAUUUAUUUGUUAUUACUUUUUUGACAGUUUACUGCAUUCCAGUACAAUACUGUAGUUCAACCAGGUAGUCAGGUAUGUUUUUUUUUUUACUACUUUUGAUUCAACAGGGUUGAAGUAUUGGUCUAACCAACUAGUACAUACAGGACACCAAGCAAAUGUGUUAAGGGAGCCAGGGAUGUUGCCUCUUAACCCGCUGCCGGUUAAUUUUCAUACCAGCAGCUCAAAUUGCCCUUGAAAACAAAGAUAUGGGCUUAUUUUGAAGGUGCAGUUAAUUGAAAAAGACAGCAUGACUAAUAAAAAAGCUUGCUCAGCUUUUGCUCAUAUAAAUCCCUGGGAACCACAUGACUCCUUAAUAUGUCGAAGUUGUCACUAAUUCCAAAGACUUUGUCACCAGAUUUACUUCAGAAAGCCGGUUUUACUCUGCUAUUAUGAGAGUUAGGCUCUCCAGAAUGAUAUUGAGAAUUUUCAUUGCAGGUGCCACUGGAUAGUUAUAAUUCUGCAUUACGAAAAUCCAGUCUGACCUAAUGUAUCUGUUAACUAUUAGGACGCUGCAAAGGAACUUGAUUACUAAGAAACGGCUUGAAAUCCAAUAUGGCAUCUUCAGUUGUAAUAUUUUUCUUUAUCGAAUGUGUGCUGAAUUUUCUGAAACAAACAAGGACCUUUGACUGCCCAUCAAUGCCACACCUUUAUUGUAAAAACACGUUUUCUAAAAUUCACAAGGUCUUCAUAUAAGAAGUGUUGAAUUCUAAUUGCCAAUUUGCAAGCAGCUUUCAGGUUUUCUGGAUACUUUGAAAUAUAACUUGCAAAUUGCUUGUUUUGUACUUAGGCAUCCUUUGAAUAUGCAUUCAAGCCUCACGAGUCUUUUGGCGGACGACCAUUUGGACUUACCAUUAACAUGAUGUACAAGGAUUCGGUGAGAUAUUCAUAUCAAAAUAGAUUAAUUUUAUCUCUAGUUCAUACACCGAAUGCAAAUAUGGCAGAUCUCUCGGUCGGCCUGGGUCUAGUUGCGUGAAAGCAAGGCUAGUGAGGCCUCGAGAGUUUUGUUUUGACUGCACGUCUUAGCGAUUCAGUUGAUCAAUAUGGUUUCCUUCUAGUUGUUACGUGCUUAAGAGCCAUCAAAGGGGAGAUUUAACUCCAGCAGAGAUGCCCUAGACGAAAGUUUAUUAUCUUCGCUUUGGCACGGUUCUUUACCAAGAAAGAAAUGGAUUAAAGCAAUUCGGCGUGGCAAAUGGAGGCACUUUACUAUCACGGAGUUUAAAAAUAAAAGAACGAAAGUGUGCUCGCUUCACUUCAGAAGAGAAGACUCACAAAACUAUUAGAAUGGGUGAAUAACUGAAAGAUUCAUGGUUCUGUUUCAAGUUUGCUUUGUCCGUUCUCUUACUAAGGAAAGGGAAACAUCCUCGAGAACGAGUGAGUCCGUCGUCGCAACUUACCUAUCUUAAGGCGCUCUCAGGGACACAACGACAGACAACAAGGCCAAAUGUUUUCACAGUCUUCACGAUCCUGUGUUCAAGAGUUUGAGCAGUGCCAUAAAAGAAGCAAUUUUUGGAAAAUCACUGUUAGUUUAUCUCGAAACCAUUCAACAAGUUGCUAAAAUAAAUCACGCGCAAGGUCAAAUACAAUGCUCGAAUACUUGCACGCUCUUUCUCUGCCAGAGCCUUUUUCCUUCUUCUUACUUGCUCAGUUGACAACGGUUUUUUCAGUGCACUUUGGUCAAGGACUGUUCUUGAAAUAUGUCGCUUUCUUCUGGUUCUUACAUAGUUUCACAGGCCACGCUUGUAGGAUUAGCAGGCGAUUGUUAUUGUUGUUGUUAUAUUUUAAUGCAGCUGUUUUCAGCGUGAAAUCUAAAAGAUCUUACAGUCCACAGCGGAUGCUCCCGUUCUCGAGAAUGUUUACGUUUUGUUGGAUAAAUAACACACCAUAAAAACAUCUUGGAACAGCACCAUCCCUUGUGAAAAUUAUUUCAUUCAAAUACUUUCGUGAGUCCUCUUAUCUAAAGCAAGUGAAGUGAGCACACUUUCGCUGUAAAGUGCUUCCCAUCGCCGCGCCGAAUCGCAUGAAUCCUUAACUUUCUUUUUGAAAAGAUCUCGGGAAAGUAAAGGCUAUUCCAGCUAGAGUAAAAUCUUCUUUUUGGUGGCCCUCAGGCAUGCAACAAUUUGAAGCAAACCAUAUCGAUCGACUCCAUCGCUAAGACGCGCAGUCAAAACAAAACUCUUGAGGCCUCACUCCCUAACGCCGAGAGGUCCGCCAUAUUUGCAUUCGGUGUAUAGCCUGAACAACUUGUUCCCCAUUAGCUUAGCUGGUGGAGUGUCCACAUGCAGAGCAGAAGUUUGUAGGUCAAAUGUUAACCAUUCCAGCAACCAGGUUCUGAGUUUUUCUAUUCCUGAUACUAAUGCUUAUUUUGUCCAUCAGGAAGGCAAAUCCUUCAUGGAUGCAGUAUUUAAUGAGACCAUCAACAUUACAGAGAGUGAUGAAGGAAUAGAUGGCGAAACGUAAGGACUCACUUCUAUCAUUCCAUACACUGUACAUGUAACUUCUGUAGUCAUUUUUUUGUUGUUGUUGUUGCUACAUGUACUAUGCACUAUGCUAAGUGAAUAUUUAAUAGUAGGAAACUAUUCCCAUGCAUCAAAUUUUCAUCUAAAUUAAAAACAGACAGACAUUUAGAUUUGUCCUUUCCUUCGACAAAAAAUUCUGAAAUGGGCCUUUUACAUUCAACAACUUGUUCUAGAUUACAGUUUCUUGCCAAUGGCAAAUCUUGAUUUUGUGAUGAAAUUACCGGUAUACAUAGAAUGAUGUUAAUUUUGCCUUGUGCAAAGGAAUGAUCUUGUUUUAAAUUUCAUCUGUUUCAGCUUCUUUUUGUACGUGUUCCUGGCUGCAGUUGGCCUUUUGUUGGUUAUGGGAGGUCACUAUGCCCUGACAUCAGUCAAGGUACAUCACCAUUUUUACUGUUUUUACUAUUCAGUGCUUAGGGAGCUACUUUAAUUUACGCUGUUGGCCAAAUUUACUGAUUGACCACCAACUGAGUGAAAAAUAAUGUAACAGCAAAAGAACAUUUAACAAGGCAGCAAAUACUAAGGAAGCCAUGUGUGGAUUAACAGAAUUGAAGAAGAUCAAAAAAGAAUGUGUUUUGGGUUUUCGAAAACCAUUCAGCCCAUCAGUUUUUCAAAGUUCAUCUUUCUUCCUUGAAAUUUACACAAGACAUGUUUGCCAUAACACUGAAAAUUGGGACUGCUAAAUUCUCUUUGGGACUCUUGACCUAAGUUCACAAAUUUUGUGAUUUGCACCAAUCACUCCUAUUGUCCCAAAAAAUUGGCUGUGAAAACCUAAAAUUGGUAUCAAAUGGGUUUGAAGAAACAUUGAACGGUUCUGCUUUAAUAGACAUCGCCUUUUUCACAAUAGUCAGGGAGUUUGUUUGGCCAUUUGAAAUUUUAAAAGCUUUGCUUUCUCUGAUAGAAACUUACCGUAACACAUUGACAAUACAGAGCAUUUCCAACCCUGUCUGCUUUUAAGAUUUUUGGUCUAUUUAAUUAAAUUAGUGACAGCCCUGGUAUUUGUUCUACGUCACCUUAAAUGACCAAAAACGGUUAGUAUAUUCUAUGGUCAUCACUGUGAAUUGUUGUUUUGAUGCUGAAACAAUGCUUUUUUUGUAAUAUAGGGAAAGAAACCAGCUCCCAAGCCUGUAGUAGAAAUGGGAACACAGCAGAAUACUGAUAUCGACUAUGACUGGCUUCCAAAGGAAACAACAACGGAGUUUGGUAUGUUUUGUAGCUCAGUGGUAAUUUAUUUGCUCUUGUAGUCUUUAUAGGGGUGAUUAGAGUUUCAGGGGCGGAUCCAGGAUUUUUUUAGGAGGGGGUGCACUCGUCUCUUGCUCUACUUCAACACCAAUAAACCACAUAGUUUUUUUUUUGGAGAAUACCAGUUGUAUUAGAAAACUGCAGGUCAUCUUAGGGUAGGGGGGGGUGCGCACCCCCUGCACCCUCCCCCUAGAUCCGCCCCUGAGUUUGAUCCCAACUUGGGAACAGGGGAGGGAGUCUGUGUCCGUGAUGUUAGAGUUUUUCUUCAAGAUUCAUUAUUUAAAAAGAUAUGCAGGAGAGAAUGGCUUGUGUUUUAAGCCUCUUACUAGACCCUUGGCCAGUAUGAUUACCUCCAUAGUCUACUGGCUCUGGAAUCUUAUCAUAGACUUUGUAAGGUCUGUUUCAUUUGGUAAUUGGUUAGGAGGGACAUUUUUCGUAGGCCAUUUUUGCGACUUUUUGCUAAAAAAUAGACUUAACUACAGUGUAAGUCAAAAUUGUUGGGACACUUUACAGUCAUGAAGAUGUUCUUACUUAAACGUUUUGUUUGUCUCUUUCAGCUGGCAAAAAUUCCCCGCGUCGUUCACCGAGAAAUAGGAGACAGAAACGAAACACAGGCUCUGAUGAAUAG